AUGUCGGCUCGGCGAGCGAUAAUUGUUGACGACACAGAUUCAAGAAUACAGUAUAUUGGCUCAAGUUGGUUUCAAGACCAAGGAUCUCAAGAUAACGCAGGGAAUUUUGGACCAGCUUACCAGAGCACAUUGCACGGAACUAGAUCGGAUGCUAGCUUGUCCUUCAGUUUCAAUGGUACAAAGGUGUCUGUAUAUGGUUCGAACAAUCUUCGCAACGAUUCGGGUGUCCUGGACCCCACCUGGGAAUGUUUCAUCGACAACAUCAGUAUUGGCAAAACCGCACCAUUUCAGUUUGCAGAAAACAACUGGUUAUUUUGUGAUCAAGAUGGGUUACUUGACGGACCACAUAUCCUUACUGUGAACGCAACUGUCAAAAAGCAACAACCUUUUUGGUUUGACAAUAUUCAGUAUAUUCCUUCAAGUUCUUUAUCUCUCGAUAAUGCGGCCGUUAUGGUGGAUAGUCUUGAUUCUGAACUGCAAUACGGGUCUGGGUGGAACGCUCUUGGGACUACGGCCAAUUUCACGCAAAGUCCAAAUGCCAUUUUCACAUACUCCUUCAUCGGUGUAUCUUUAAGCUGGUACUCAUUUAUCCCGGCGGAAUUUCCUCAUACCGCCACCUUUGCUAGCUAUUCUGUCGAUAAUCAAGUUCCCGUCCAAUUCUCAUUGAAAGGUCUUCCGGCGGGUACCACGACAACAAUUUACAACCAAAAAUUCUUUCAGACAUCUGAUUAUCCAAUGGGGUCGCAUAAAAUCGUCGUCACUUAUCUUGGAAGUUCUUCAACGACACCUCUGACUCUCGAUUACCUUGUCGUUCAAAAUGGGACUUCCCCUUCUCCUUCCGGUGCUUCAUCAUCGCCAACCACUAGUGGUAAUGCAGGCUCGGCAGGAUCGAGUCAUUCGAGCAACGUCGGUGCAAUUGCCGGUGGAGUAGUCGGUGGAAUAGUGCUCAUUAUCCUAGCGACCCUUGCUAUCAUCUAUUUUCGUCGUUGGGAUCGAAAGCAAAGCACCAAACCAUUGUAUAACCACAAGGAACAUGACACGGGAGACGUUAUCGACCCAUUCCAAUUGGCUCCCAGCAUUCAGCCCGCUCCAACAACCUAUUCACAGUACUCACCUCUCCCGACAGCUGCGGGCGGUAAGACUCAGCAUCGGACUAUUCCCAGUCAGACGACUACAGACCUGAAUUCCAUUGAGCCACCAAGCUCUGCUUCAGGUGGCAUCGUUCCUCCGACGGCAAGUAGCCGUGAUAUCCCUUCCUCAUUUUCAAGAUCAGAAGAUACAGGCCACCUUUCGACACCCACAAAUGAGGUGCACGCGGGCAACAGCCUCCAUCAAGACUCAUCAAGACUAGCACAGCCACUGUAUCAAGGAAUGUCUGAAAAGGAGAGACGAGAGGCUGAAGCUACCGCCGCAGCUCUUCGACCACAGCAACAUGCCGCACAGCAAAUAGUGACAUCACCACAAAGCGCAUCAUCUGGCACAGGCUCUUCACGGUUGAUUAUGCAUGAAGAUAGCGGGAUUCGUUUGCCGCGUCCUACAAGUGAAGGAGUGGUAGAAGUUCCUCCGACGUAUACUGUGGAUUGA